AUGAGUACGACGCCAAACGAAUCCAUCUGGUCAUCUAUGAUUGCUGCUCGUCAGCUUUCAGUGACAUUUUAUACACUUUCUACUUGUCUAACCGAUCUCUUACAUCGUUAUAAUGAAAGUGCAUUAUCACAAGCCAACAAGACAUUGUCUUCAGCGUUAUUGCACAAUCUUGAUCAAACAUUAUUUUCCACAUCUAGUAAUUCAUCGAAACUCUUCGAUGAAUAUUCGAACAUUUUACAGAAUACCUUGAAACAAAAUUCUUUACAUACGAAUGUUAUUCAGAAUGUUCGCCGUCUUUUUCGAUCUGAUGCAUGUCUGAAAGAACUAUUUACUACCGAACUAAACGAACAUUGCCAAUGUCAAGAAUGUGACUGUACUAUUUCAAAUAGUAUAACUGAUUUUAUUCAUGAUGUCGGUGAAAUAAAACCAACAUUAUUGAUUCAACCGUGUCAAACAUCAUGCGCGUGUUUUCGAUGUGGAGAUCAAAACCAACUAAAAACGAUCACAUUCAAACAAUCUAGUCCAUGUCUAGCGCUGACAGUCAACCGUCUAAAUAUCACUCCAACUGAGCAAUUAACAAAUGCUCAAGGAGCUGUUUAUGAAUUAGUCUAUAUCAUUGAACUAGAUUCCGCAUCACGUACAAUUAUCAAUGUGUAUCUACGGAAAGAUAACGAAUUCGUUAAAGUCGAUGGAUCUGAUGUAUCAAGUCGGUCGACAACAAUCAAUAGUCAAGGAAAAUUUCUCACAUUGUGGUUGAUCACUCGAUCAGCAGCAUCAGUGGUAGAAUCUUCACAACCAACAAACACACUUCAGACUCACACAUACUUAUCUCCGCCACAAUCCGCGUCGUCGUCAUCACAGUUGGCAUCUAACUCACAGACAACCACAGAAACAUCGAUACCAGAUCAAAAUACAAAUGUCAACAAUUUUGAUGAUUUUUUCGCAUCACAUCCACCACUCAAUGCCGAUGUUGGUAAUGAAGACGAAGUUCAGUUUUGGAAUUCUGUGAGUGAGCAGUCAGCGACAACAAUCAGUGAAGAUCUAUCAAUAAUGAAUGAUCCUGUCAGUGAGCAGUCAGCGACAACAAUCAGUGAAGAUCUAUCAAUAACGAAUGAUCCUGUCAGUGAUAUCUAUCUAACAUUGCUACAUUCAAGCACUAAAGAAUCAGCACCGAUCGAAUCUCAAGCAGAUCAUGAUCGAGCAGUCAAUUCGCUCGCGUCUGAUGUUUUAUGGCCGUUGAUUGUUGAACGAACGAAACGACGUAGUGAGAAAAAGACUUCAUCGUCAUCAACAGCAACAACAAUACGAUCGAUUUCGUCAAAUUCUUCUACGACUAGUUCAACAUUUGAGAAGAACCGAGCGUACAAACAAUUACCAUCGAUAAGCAGACUACGACGACCACAUCCGUAUACCACAACAUAA